UAAACAACUCUAUCAUUGUUUUGCCUGUUAAUGUUGGGUUAAAGUGUCAAACUAUUGGAUUUCAUUUACGAACCUAUUCACAACUCGUUCCAGGCUGGCCGGCCACAACUAAAAACAAUUAAGUUUACCCCAAGUCUUCCAAAUUAUCCCUGCAACCUGCAGUAAACAUGUUUCGCACACUGUCCAUCGAGCCGAACAAAAUCGAGGACCGCUCCAAGGAAGAGGUCCGUGCCAAUCUUGUGGUCUUCGCCGUGACUUGUGCCCUGAUUCGAUUCAUUCCGAUUAUUGUUAGGAAAAUAUCCUCAUAGCCGUCGUCGGCGAUCCAGCUAUGAACUCUUGUUAUUAUGCAAUGUCCUGUUAAUGUAUUAAUGUAAUCAAACGAAAGCCCCAAAACAUGAAUUUAUUCCAAAACAUUCAAAUAAAGAAACAUUAAGCAAAUAA